CGCACACGAGCGGAGGAGGGAGGAGAGGCAAGCGGGAAGAGUGGGGAGACGAGAAUCAAGUAGACUCAGUUUGAGAAGGCACAGACAGGCUGCACUUCGAGUCAAAGCAAGGAGGGCGAAAAUAUUGGGAUUUUCACAUUGGAUGAUAUUUGAAACAGGGAGUCUCCUUUCACAAGUCCAUAUUGUAGUGGAGGGGAAAGGUGGAGAAAAAGGGCUUUUCUUUGAUGUCCACGUCUCAGGGGCGGUUAGUCCCAUAAUCCUCUCAGGGGUUGAUCGCACUACAUGGAACGGUGGACGAUCUAGGGCACUCAUCCAGAACGAAUCAUCGAUCAAAAGGACACAUCUUUUUUUUAUUGUUCCAUCUGAGUCUCCAUUGAGAGCUCUCGGUUGUCAGGGGAAGAGCAUCUUGGAAGUGAGAGCAGUUGUUCUUCAAAAGGACAAGAGGCUUGUUGUUUUCCAGGGAUUCUACUUAAAACAGAAACUUUUUUCGGUCCUAUCUUUUUGAGGUUGCACACAUAGGUCCCUGUUCUCUUUCAUGACUCAACAGGGGAGUACAGUGGACAAUUUUGUAGGUCAACAGAAAAAGAACAUUGCAAUCACUGUUGUUCAAAACCGUUUCCAUAUUCAGGAUAUUACAUUAAUUUCUAACAACGUUUGGGGGAUUAUAAUGGAGACUAAACAAUUAACUUUUUGCUGCUGAUAUCAAAUACUCUCAUAAUGAGCCUUAUCCAAUUUUUUUGCUCACUCUGUGCCAUUGUAUGGAUUUAGUGCUAGGGUUUGCAUUUCCAUAUUGGCAUUCAACCGGACAUUUUAUGCUGCGAAUCAUUAUGAUUAAUCAUGGCUGGAGAGAAAAGUGUAAGUGCAUCGCUGAGUCCAUUUCUCUUUUACUUACUGCUCCGAAAAGCUCUUGGAGAAUAUCUAAUGUGGUAGCUUAUCUAUCUACAAUGACGAACAUCUUAGUUGUUGUCAACCACUGAUAGAAUUACCAGCACAUUAAUCACAUAAAAAACAAUUAAUGGUUACUGUCAAUUCUAACGGACCAACAAAUCUAUGACCUGGAGUUAUAGUUUUAUGAAGUGUUAUAGCUAAACAUGUAUUUAGGUAGUUUAAAGUUACACUGCUUGCUAGAUAUUAGGUUGUCAAAAAAUUUUUCUGGGGUUUGUCAUGGGAACAGAUGUAAAGUCAAGUUAGGACAGUCGCUCUUCUAAUUGGACUUUGACUACUACUAUCUGUUCAAUUUUUUUAAACAUGAUUUAGUUAGCUGAUGCCCCAAAAAAUAUUAAUUUAUUGUAAGCAUCAAUCUCUUUUGAAACCCAGAAUUUUCCUGUGAUUCAGAAACUGCCAAUUUCUUUUUUUUCUUCAAGCAUUGUAUGCAUUUUAUUUCUGACCUUUAUCUUUAUAUUGGAUCUUCAUUUUCUAGUCUUCAUUUUUUCUUUUGUAAUUUCUUUCUUUAUAUUUGGACCUAAUUCUCUCUUUGAAAAUCUGUUCAGUAUGGUGGCCCCACCGCCUGCCAACAAGCCUCAUGUGUGCUUGUCGGCCAUCUUGAUAAUGGGCAGCAUGAUGUUGAUGGACGCCUACCUGGUAGAGCAGAACCUAGGGCCUAGGAAGAUUGGCGUGUGCAUUAUGGUCCUCGUGGGAGAUGUCUGCUUUCUCAUAGUUCUACGAUACUUAGCCGUAUGGGUGGGCUCUGAGGUGGGAACCUCUAAGCGUGGUUACGCUAUGAUCCUCUGGUUUUUCUAUGUCUUCGUCCUGGAGAUCAAGGUCUACUUUAUCUACCAGAACUACAAGGCCGCGGACGGGAAGGGGCGUAGUUUGGAUGGGUGGACCGGUGGAGGCGGCGUGGACGGGGUGGCACGGAAGGCACUGACAUUGCUUUUGUCAAUUUGUGUGCCCGUGGUCUACAUCACAUUGGCAGCCAUUGACCACAUGGAUUACGUGCGGCCGCAUAAGAAGAAGGAGGAGAUCCGGAGUCGACUCUUCUGGGUUGUAGUGGACUUGCUUGAUGUUCUGGAUAUGCAGGCCAACCUGUGGGAGCCUCAGAGGAAAGGGCUCCCCCUAUGGGUGGAGGGACUUAUGUUUUUCUAUUGCUACAUCCUCCUGCUGGUGUUGCCAUGUGUGUCACUGAGCGAGAUCAGCAUGCAAGGGGUGAACAUUGUGCCUCACAAGAUGAUGCUAUACCCAAUUCUCAGCCUUGUCACUAUAAACGUAAUCACUCUCUUCAUUCGCGGCGGGAACAUGGUUUUCUACAGAGACGUCAGGGUGUCUGGGAUACUGAUGGGUAAAAAUGUAAUCGCCAUUGUCCUCAAGACGUGCAGUUUUGUCCAGUAUCGGAGGCAUUUAGGUGAUGGUCCGCCUCCCGUCCUUGGGGUAGAGAUGCAGAAGAAUUGUGUUUCCCAUGGCCCAAAGGUACCUAUGCCUUUGCCAAUGCCACCACAGGUAGUAAUUCAGGACUUCACCGCUUUGCCCAAGGAGACAAUGUGUGUGAGCGACAUAGGUGAGCAAACGUGACACAGGACUUUGGUAAAAAAGUAAUAUAGAGACAUAUCAAGUAUUUAAUUUAACAUUAUAAACACUUAUAAAAGCUUAUAAGAACAAGUUAUAAAGCUGGUGACACUAUAUAUGAAACAAAACAUUUUAAAGUGUUAUGACAUGCUCGUAACUACUAAUAACUGUUAACAACUUAUUUUGUCAUAACCUGUCACAGUGUUAUUAUAACACUCCCUUGACACUUGUUGUGACAUAUAUUAUUCAUAUGCAUACAAUUAUUCAUAUUAUUCAUGCAUACCAUUCAGUUAUACCAAACUUGUAAUAGGAUGUUUAUCCUGGAAUUACCAUAUUGCACACACACAGAUGUAAGAUGUACCUACCACAGUGCUCCCCACUGUGGAAUGAAUGCAGGUGCAGAUUUCAGGAGUGGGAAAAAACACCUUUAAGACUGACAAUUUAUACUUACAUUAUGAUAGUCAUAAUACUUCCUGACGGUGUCAUAAGGUGUAUGAAUUAGAGAAAGAACACAGACUGAUCAGAUUUCUUCUUGACAAAAGGGUAAACAUUUGUUUUGUCUGAAAGUAGCUUGUGUACUACGUAAACAUUUGAAUUAUUAACUAUGGUAAUUGAAAAAGUAAUAUGUAAAGAAGAUGUCUAGAUCUGAUCCUGACAUCUGCAUAUGCUUUCAUCUCAGUCAUCUGCAACAGAGUAUUGUGGUAGGUACAUUUCUGAUAUAAAUGUGUGUAGCAUUACAAUGAUAACAAUUUGUAAAUUCUUGGAUAAACAUAAUAUUUAUAAGUCAGGUGAAAUUUUAUGGUUUACUUUGUUUGGUAUGU